CUGUGUGUUGAAGAAUCUCCCCUCAAACAUGGCUCUGAGCAGAGAGGUGUUCUAUUUUGGUUUUGCUUUGUUCUUCAUUGUAGUUGAAUGGCCAUCAGGGUCCUGGGCAGGACUUGAGUAUUCCCAGUCAUUUCCAGGAGGGGAGUUUGCUGUGUGCGAGACAUGCAGGCUCGGCCGGGGAAAAUGCAGGAGAGCAUGCAUAGAUAGUGAGAAGAUUGCGGGCUGGUGCAAGCUGAACUUCUUCUGCUGUCGAGAGAGGAUCUGAACCCAACGACCAAUGGUCUUGGGCCUUGCAAGCCGUGCUGAAUGGAUGGUCAAGGAGAGAACAUCUGUGACUUCACAGGGCCACAGUCAGCGCUGCUCAGGCCCAUCUCACUAAGUCUGCUUCUGUGCUUCAUUCUAAUUUUAAGAUGACCACAGUCAAAACAGCAAUGAAUGCCUUCUACACAAGCAGACAUGACUGCACGUCUCCAGAACACUCAUGACUUAUAAAUGUUCUUUCCAGGAUUNUCUCAUAGGGCUCAGGGUCACCUGAGAGUGUGACUAUCAGCCUUAUUGUAUUUGAUACAGGUAUUCUAUUUGUAUAGCUGCCUGUGGUACAGCAAACCUGGGAGACAAGGGGCAGUGUGUGCAUCACUACCUCUUUCUGUGUCUCUAACAUACUAAUUAUUAUGGGNUUAAUAGACAAACGAAAGUGCCAUGCUCAUCUAUGUUGAUAGCUUUGUAGUUCUAUAGAAUACAAGAGAAAAUCAUUCAUUUGAUUCUUGAUUAGGUAAUGUACUAUUAUCCACAGAUUAUAAAAAUUAUGAUAUAUAAUUUAAAAAACUCUCAUUUACGCUAUUGAUGCCUGUGCUUCUGAGACACAUUGUCCUUGCCUGCAAAAGGAAAUGGUUAGCUAUUAAUUAAAAUGUCUAUUUACAUAGGAUAUCUGCAGAUGAAAAACUGUAACUUUUGCCUUGUGAAAUAAAAUUUGCCGAUUCAAAA